UAUAUUAAUACUACGCGGAGUUAUUAAAAUGAACUGCGCACAUCCUUUUGGCAAUUAUCAAAGUUUCCUGAAAAGCUUCAAGUCAUGCUUCAUCAUUGCAAUUGACACGCUGGACAUAAAGUAUACAGGUUUGACUGCUGAGCUAGACGCCCCAUGACUCUUUAAUGCAUAUCCACCAAUACGCACUUCAUUUCAUACUGUACGUGUUAGUAUAUCGUAUCUAAUUGCUCAAGAAUGUUCGUCGAUUGUUGAUUGGAAUUGAAGACCUAAAAAAUGCAUUUUCUGAUAUUAUUGGCAUGGAAUCAUUGAAAACAUAACGUUUCAAUAAAAAAUCAGUAUGUACUCCAAAUGCAAGUGUUACAGUUUAGUUGAUAGUAGGUGUGGUAGUGGUGUCACGUUAAAACGAUGAGCAAGUGCACCAAUGGCUGUAAUACUUUAUGAUAAUUCUUCUGAUUAAUCUCAGAAUUAUUGCAUUCUUAUUUUCUACGGUGAAAUAAACAAUACAUAAUGCAAGGAGACGAUAAUCAACCUUUUGCCAGUUCAUCCGCAAAUGUUUCAAAAAUUUCUGCAGCGGGAUAUGAAAAUAAUACUAGUCAAAGUUCAAAUCAGCGUCUUCAAGAAAACAAAUUAGUGACUCUAAGAAGACUUCUUGAGAGCGAUCUUCCAUCAGCAGAUGUAAAAUGGAGUUUAUUUGUAGCUGCCUGUCAAAGUUAUCGAUACGAUUCUUGCCUUAAACCAUUCCCGCCCCUUUUUAUGAAAGGCGACACAAAGGAUAUUGAUGGCCUGCGGGAAGUUGUUGACAAAACGCCUGCACUACCUGUCCUUUUGCAACAUCUUCACGAUCCUGAUGUAUAUCACACCAAUCCAGUGGUUAUUGAUCUCUUGACUUGGGUUUUGGCCCAUUUUAAAGAUUAUCAUUUAAAAUCUGUACAAAAGAAGGAGUUUAACUUAGUUCUGAAUCAAGUCCAUUGUGAAACCCCAGUUCAACCUCCAAAUUUUAUCUUCCAAUUAAAUAGCACCUCUAACAGUGUACAAGAAAUAAGAUGGGAAGAUCUCCGAAAGGGAAGAAAAACUCUCUUUGCUUUCCAUGGUAGUCGUUUGGAAAAUUUUCAUUCCAUACUCCAUCAUGGUCUUCAGCAACAUUUAACUAAGAAUGCUUUAUUUGGCCGAGGAAUUUAUUUAUCUAGUGAAUUGUCUGUGAGUCUGCCAUAUAGCCCAAUGGGUUAUGGUUGGGGUAGAAGCCUCCUGGGAGAUCAGAUGAGUUGCGUUGCUCUGUGUGAAAUGAUUGAUCAUCCUGAUGUUAAGUGCCAGAGUGAAGGUAAUAAUGUAAAUGUAGAAGUGGUGCAUGCCAGUGGAGCCUUAUUGGAUGAUACUUGGGAGCCUCCCUUUACCUUGCAAUCCAUCGCUUCUGAUAAAAACAGGGCUUUAAACACGGACAGCAUUGGAGGAGAAGUGCCCAAGAAGUAUUAUGUAGUUGUGAACAGUGAUUUGGUUCGAGUGAGACACCUUCUUGUUUAUUGUCGGCGUACCAGUGGGAAAAGGUAAUCUUUUCUCUUGAUUUCAGUUAAAUAUAAUAUUACUACAACUACAUCUUAUGUGGCAUCUACAGUCAACUCUGCUUAUAGUGAACUAGGAUAUAGUGAACCCCUGUUUACAGUGAACUUAAAUCACUGGACCCAUUUCAUUUGAAUUACAAAUAAGAAUGAGAAAAUUCAGGUAUAGUGAACCUGAACCUGGGCCAUAGUGAAUGUAGGAAAUACAACGUCCUAGAAAGUAUUUCCCUCUUGGAAAAGAGUGUGUUGGCUCAGUGCUACAAGUACAAAUUCCAGCACUAGUACCUUGAAAAAAAUGUUGUCAAAGAUCGUAACCGAAGAAGAAGCCUCCCCUGAGAUGAAGAGAAAGGAGCAGUUCCCUUCUCAACUGGCUUGGAAACCACAAACUUUUGACUUUCAUCCUUGGAUACAUUGUGUUGCUGGCUUCAGUUGGCCUUUCCAACAACCACUACGUUCAACGUUAUUACAAGAUGUUACUCCAUCGGGCUGGAUAUUGACGUAUUUGCAGAUGAGUUAUUGUCUGUGUAUUUGCCAAAAUAACCAUUUGCUAAGAGAUACAAUGUUUCUUUAGAUGUGUUUCAUUGUAAGUUGUCAUUAUUUGACAUCAUAAAAGACAAUGUGUUUGCUUAUCCAGUUGCUUGCAAAUCACGUAGAUAUGAUUGUUCCAGUACAUAACAAAUCCCACUGGAGAUUAAAUUCCAUACAUUUUUAUAUUGAACAUGAUUUUCCCAUUUUGUGUAUUUUUAUAACAAAAAUUAGAAUACUAUGUGUCUGUGAAGAGAAAAGAGGCUGAACUGGUUCAUAUAUAUUCAUUGAUAUCUCAUCCAUUGAAAAGGUCGCAUUUGUAUGUGGUUGAGGCAAUUUGUAGACAGAGUUUUCCCUUCUUUUUUUAAAAAUAUCAUUUUAUAUUCCAAUUUUUACAAGCAAUAAAAGUAAUUUCUACUUUGAAUUGAAAAUGCACAAAAAAAUUCAGCAACUAAACAUAUUCAGUUUGUACUUAAACAUCAGCUGUACUCUAUUGCAGUAGUUGUGUAAUGAUUAACUCUUGAAGUGUAGUGGUACAAUGCAGAAAGUGCGAAGAAAUUUACAAAAGCAUUGAUAAUCAUUGUAUUUCGUGUGAUUAAUGUUCCAACUUAAAGUUGCGAGGCAAAUAAAUCAUAAAUUAUACAUAUGACACUUGCCAAAGAAAUCCUUCCUUCAGAUUAGUCUUUUAGGUGGGCAACCACGUUAUAAGAGACACAGUUUUCAAGUGGAUAUUUUUUUAUAUAUCAAUGUCAUUAGUCAAUAUAAGUGACUUUAAUGCUUCACUGCCAUUAUAGGCAUAGAAUUGUGUGUAUGAAUAUUUUCCAGUGUACAUUUCUUGUCAUCUUAUAUGACUCUAAUGUUCAAUUAUUUAUUACAUCAUCUAAUGUUUGUUUCUUUUUUAGAUGUUUCGUAGCAGUUUAAUCAGUUUUGUGAAGUAAUUUCAUACUAUAUUGUUGUCCUGUUGAUUGUUGAUAUUGAAAUGUAUGUUAAAAUAAAAUUUAAAUAAAGUCUUUUCAACUGUUAUUGUGAUGAUGUGCAGCACGGUCUAAAACCUUUUCUGACAACAGAAAUAUAAUACGAGAGUGUCAUUGUCAGUGUAACCAACAAAGUUUUAAAAUUAGGAGUGUUACAAAAUUUACUACUCCCAUUUUUUGUACUCCCAUUGUAUAAUACUCUUAUUAGGUGGCUGUCCAUUAUCAUAGUCAUUAUGAUACUAGUUUCAUUAAGUGUAGAUAUUUUUCCAACCAGAUAGAAGUUUACAACUCAAAAAUAAGAGGUAAUUGAUCUUAGGUCACCGUUUUAGUAAAUGUUGCAUUCAACUGUGUGUAUUAGAAUUGUAUGUAAAUGUUGAAAAACCAUAAUAGUUUAAAUUUCUUUCAUCAUAAGUAUUUGUUUUUUGGGUAGAAUCAUUUUUCUUAUUAAUUAAUUGUCUUAACAUGACUUGUUUUAUGCUAUUUGACUCGUGAAGUAAUUGUUGGCCUGCUUUUCUUGAUGUCUGUCAACAAGCCUGACAUCAGGAAUGGCACAGCAGAGAAGUUACAAAAUUAAGUGCUCCAUGUAGAUGUAAAUCCAAUGGGUGCAAAGCAAACAACUCAAAAAUGUUUUCAUCGCAUGAAAUAAAAGCCUUCUUAGAUGAAGUACCUUAUGAAAUAUAUCUUUUAACAAUAGUAUGCCCUACAAUAUAAUACAUACUAGUAUAAUAUUUACCAAAAUGCUCAAGCAUAA